AAAGCAGCGUUCUGUCACGAAUCGCCACAGGCAUUCUCUCCUUGGUUUUAGAUGUCCUAGCAUCUUCACUGUUCCUUGUCCUCGUUAAGCUUGGCCGAUCCCUUGCGAUGAGGAAUCCUGAAGCAUUCUACGACUUGGCAUUGCUAAAAGAUGAGCCUUUCAAGACUCAGUUUCCCUUAAUUGAGGAUGAGCUGGGUCGUGUGCGUCCCACGCGUUCACAACCGAAGACAUUUCGUAGUGUGGCUAGGGAUACUAUUCUCAAGCAAUUUCUGGACGACGAUCAAUUCGGCUGUGCUGCAGAGGCAUGGCUCAGACAUGCAUUUGCGCCCUGCGCUUCCGAUGAAGGAUUGUCCCAGCCUUCUGCUCGCGAUCCGGAGUCAGUGCUUUUAUUUCUCGAGUUCUAUUGGCACCUGUAUCACUGUGAAGACGGAAAAGCACAGGCGCUUCUAGUUGAAGAGAAGAAGCGGCGCGGAUUCAGCACUUAUGAUAGCAGCUUCGCUCGUUCAUACCGACGAUCCUCGGGCGGACGUUCUCAUAUGGCUCGCCUUGUGGAUGGAUACGAAGCUGCAGACGAAGCAGAUAAGGUCCCAGCCCCUUCUGUCGAGCUCAUGGAACUUCAACGGGGCGCUAUGGAAUCGGAAUGGCAAGAUAAUCUUUCCUCAGAUGGAUCUCCUAUUACAAACUGCGAUCUGCAGCCUCGCAUCGCCCUAGUCACUAGCGCUAGCGCCUCCACGAAUGCGACGUCUGCGGGCCUUAUGGACCUGUUUUUAUCCUCACCGGCACCCAGAAAGUUGACAGUCUACUCACGUAGGAAGCGAAAGCAGCCCAAGCAGCAUCCAUCCAGUAGUUCCUCCUCUGCAUCGGAGAAGGGGACUAUCUCACCUUCUCGUCAGAAGCUUGCCCCCGAUCCUGCAGCCUUAUCCGACUCCACCUUAACAUCACUUUCUUCUUCUUUGUCAUCUCUUUCGGAGCUAGAUAUCGAAGAUCCGCUGACAAGGGACCUUGUUCGUAAUGUCAAGGCGAAAGUCAAAAGGGGCAAAGCUAAACAUGCCCUUUCCGCUCCGACAAUGCCUUCAAGAGAGUUGCCACGACGACGGGCAUCUAAUCGGCAUGCUCUAUCUGUGCUUAUGCGGGAGGAGACGCGAUACCAUGGAUUCAGUCGCUCUGCUCAUGACGGCACCUUGGAGGACAAUGUUUCAGUGGUGCCUGAGGUUGAGCACCCUCUCCCCCAAGCACCAGCACGAAGAAGCGAGCCCCAUCAAAGGUUGAAGAAGGAAAGACUUGCACUACGAUCCAAGCAUGUCAAAAAGCAAACACUCACGACCGCCACCGCCGCUCUCGCUCAAGCAGCUCAAGUCGAGGCCCUGAAGGAACCCGUUCCCGUACCUCCAGCAGAGGUAGCUGUCCCGCCUGGACCCUCUUCUGUCCUUAAUCGCGAGAAGUCACUCCCCUGUCCCAUUGUUCGAAAGCCGCUCCCACCUAAGCCUGAAAAAAAGUCUAAAGGUGGGCAUAAGAAAGACUCGGAGGUGUCGAGUAAUAAAUGCCAGCGUCCCUCAAAGAAACGUCGCGGAAAUGAUGGCUCGAUUGUGGAGAUGCAGACUGACCCCCGUCCGGCAUCUUCUGCAGUGGAUAUUUCUCGCAGACGAAAGACAAGGUUAAGCACUCGCCUGGAGGCACCUAUCGAACAAGCUCGCAACAAGGUUGAUGACAUAUCUCUGAUGCAGGUGGCUGCUUCUGCUGCAGUUUAUGCUGAAGAAGCAAAUGCUCGUGCAGAAAUGAGGAAGGUCUCACAGGGACUCGAAGCCUCACAGACGAAGAAGCUCCUCAAACCCCAAACCAAGCCUGCACGGAAGGCUAGGAAGCGUCGCUACACUGAUAUGGAUAAACAAACUCCUUCUGUAGGUCAGAACAAGAUUGUAGAAGCGUCCAUCAUAAGACACCUAGCACCUUUGCCAAAGCGAAGAAGCAGCAGGAUUUCUGGUCAAAUCAAAGCAACUUCUGUUCCUAAUGGAAGCCGCAUCACCUCGAGUAACAUUCCACAAUCGCUUGCUGAAGUGGACAGCAUUCUAUGCGCUGUUGGAGCAGAAGGACAAGCUAAUCUUGCAGGAAGAAGUGAAGGGCGAAAUGCUAUCGAUUGGGACAAUGAUGUUCCCUCCGAAGAGCCGGUUCCGGAUAUGAUGAGUAGCGAUGAUGAUGUCCCUCUCCGCAUAACGACCUCUAGGCGCAAGUCACCACGUCUGCUGACUUCAGCAGUACUUGAUAAGCAGUGUGGUGUACAGAAUGCGGCAUCUGUCUCAACCACCCUUGACUCUGUUCAGCAAACAACUCGGUUAGAGGCAGAGGUGCCGGUACAUCAUUCUGUCUCCAAUAUUGAACACUUCACGCCUCCGACGGCAGAUUCAGCUCAGGCCCUAUUUGCUCGGAUGCCUGAAGAAAACGCAGUAUCGCAUGGCGCCGCCUCCCUUGUGCCUGCACAUACCUUGCCCAAAAGACCGUUACCCAUGCUUCCUCCGAUCUGGGCUCAGUCUCGACAGGAGGUGUGCGAGUCAUUCGACUGGUUUAGAAGCUACCAAGGGGGUGUCUACUUCGUCAAGGAUAUGGCUAAGGGCUACCUACUUAGCGCGUUUUCCGCUAGCCGUGAUGCUUUUCGCUGCGACGGAAAGCUCAUCAUAUCUCACGGCGGUGGCAAAGCUGAAAGCGUUCACAAAUCCAAUGGAAAAUUUGAGACGCACAGAGAUUCCGACCAGUGUGCUGAUGAUAAAUCCGUUAGAUCUUUGCUUAGAACAUACGAGCUGAAACACCCAAUUGCGCUUGUCAUUGAUGACAAGUAUGCUUUGUUUCCGUUUGACCUUGCCAGCAAGAAUUGUACCUAUGCGGUUCUUGGUUUCUACCGUAUUGCUCAUGCCUGGGCCGAAAAGCAGUUUUCCUCCAGCGCGAACGUCAAUGUUGUCAGAUAUAAGUUCGCAUUCCAGUGGUGCGAAGAACAAGGCGAGCCUUGGUGGACUCAACCCCAGGGAGAACAUGGGCUAUAUCCGCCUGUUUUAGAGCCCUAUGCAACUGUUAACGUGGCCAGAUCCUGCCUCUCUUGUCACAAACCCUCACCUCAGGUAUAUGGCGAAGGAUGGAUGUGUCUGCAGCCAUCUUGCCGUGCCUUUUGGGAACUCAACGGUGGAACACCGCCAAACGUGCUCGCCUAUUUCGAGGAUUUCCUUCGCCUUCAGUCAUUUCCUAGCAAGGAACUAGAGGAUAUAAGACCACCACCUCCGAUUCAGGGUGCUCCAGAAGAUGGCAUUACCACGAGUUUUCUCUUCACAAAAGGAUGGCAUUGCAAACAGUGUGGGCGACUUUCUAGCAGGUUCAAAUGGGAGCACUGGCAAUGUCAAAAUUGUGGUAAUAUUACUGAGGUUCCGGGCAGGAUUAGAGGGGCGGUGGAAUUUAGACACCAGUUGGAGGGUAAGCAUUUUUCUCGUCAUGUCGUUUCACCGCAGUCAGGCAUCAUCAAACCUUUCACGUCUAUGUAUCGUUUCGAUAAGGGGUUCAGCUAUUAUGUGACGUUUGUCCUGCCAAACGCGAGAGGAUACAUUCAUGUCAUAUUUUCUGCACCCCUUGCAAACGAUAAGGCAGACCGAAUCCUCGAGGAUUAUCAACGAGAAGCCGCAAAUGGAAGCUUGAAGUUCCGCAGAUGGCCAUUGAGAGCUCACAAAUGUCGCGGCACCCUCUUGACGAACUAUUUCUCUCAAAAUACUGGAGAACCCUAUCAAUAUGUUGGAGGCACAGAUAACACGGUGCCUUGGGAAAUUGCACCCACAGCCGUACUUAGUGCUCGCGAACUGAUAAAGGAACGGAUGCAACAAGCCUUGAACCUCCCUGGUGAAUUCAACGAGGUCCUGAGUGCCGCAUACAUGGAGAAGCAGAAGAUGGCGUUUCAUAGUGAUGCCGAACGGGGUUUGGGCCCGACCGUUGCUUCCCUGUCACUCGGUGCUGCAGCGUACAUGCAUUUCCGCUUGCAUGCUCAGUAUGCAUCUGAACUUCGAGACCCCUCGAAAAGAGACGUACUAUCGCUCUUUCUGCGUCAUGGUGAUGUGGUUGUAAUGCAGGGUGCGGAGGUGCAAACCUACUAUGAGCAUACUGUCGUGCCUUUGAACUUCCGUGUUGCAGCCACGGCCCGCUUCAUUGACAGUACAAAUCACCGCUGAGUAUACCCCUGACGAUAUUCAACAACAGCGCGUUAGCCUAUCUGUACAUACCCGCUUCUUGCCACUGCUUUCAUAUAUCCUGAUAUCCACUGCUGAGCAGUAAUUUUGCUUUCUCCAUCAUGCAUCAACCCUUGUGGUUUCCCUCUCCAGCUUAGAUGAUUCUACGUAUUGCUACAGCUUGCGACUACCUGUCAUUACUAUUGCUGUUCCAAUGGUGUUGUCCGAUCCUCGUCUUUUUUGAAGCCUCUGAAGUACUUCUCCCUGAAAUCGCGAUGAGCCGGUAUAUGCU